AUGGCGAUAUCACCAGUGUCUUCAGGUUCCGAUGCGGAAAAGGGCAUCUAUCACUCAGACCAGAAGACAGCUCAGUUUGAUGGCGAGAAAGGUGCCCCUGGCUAUGCGGAGGAGCCAGUUGCUGAAGAUGUCAUUGAUUUUGAGGAGACCAGGGAGUUGAAGCAGGGCCUCAACCAGCGACAUAUUCAGAUGAUAGCUCUGUGUGGAGCUAUUGGCACGUUUAUAGGGAUUGUUCCUUGGAUCAGGCCAGGCUCUUUCAAGGGCAGGACCUCUGGGAGCAUUGUGAGAGUUUCGACCUUUGCAAUUAUAUUGUGUAUUAACACCGCCGUCAGCCUAGGAUACUGUUUCGUAGGAGCCUUGGUGACUGGAGUUGUCUUGUCCAUUGCAGAACUCAGUGCCCUCGUUCCCCUCACCGGCUCCAUUAUCCGUCAUGCGGAGUACUUUGUCGACCCUGCCCUUUCGUUCGCCCAGGGGUGGAAUACCGUCUACAACCACAUGGUUACACUUCCCGCAGAACUUGUUGCAGCAGCCGUGAUUAUCCAGUUCUGGUCAACUGUCAACUCUGCCGUAUGGAUCACAGUAUGUGGCAUAUUGCUCGUCAUCAGUAACGUGCUCUUCGUGCGAGUCUAUGGAGAGCUUGAAUUCACAUUCGCAACUAUGAAAAUUAUGUUGAUCGUUGGACUGAACAUCAUGGCAUUGGUUGUAACCUGUGGUGGUGGACCGGAUCAUCACAAAUAUGGGUUCCAAUACUGGAGAAAUCCCGGUCCAUUCGUCCAAUACCUUGGCUACGGGGGCUCGCUAGGACGUUUUAUGGGGUUCUAUACAACAUUCUCCAACGCCGUCUAUGCUUAUUCGGGAGUUGAGACCAUCUCUGUGGCAGCGGCUGAGACCCAAAACCCGAGGCGCAAUAUUCCCAUUGCUGCGAAGCGAAUUUUCUGGAGAGUUGCGAUAUUCUAUUGCCUUUCUAUCUUCAUGGUUGGACUCAUUGUCCCAUCAAAUGACCCAUCGCUUCUCAAGUCCACGGGGACCGCAGUCCGAGAAAGCACUACUAAUUGGACGUUCUUCACAGCACAAUCGCCAUUCGUUAUUGCAGCGACGAGAGCGGGCAUCAAAAUCGUCCCCUCCAUCAUCAACGCCGUAGUCUUAACCAGCGCAUGGAGCUCCGGUAACGCUGGACUCCUCGGCGGAUCCCGAACUCUAUACGGCAUGGCGAAGGAAGGCCACGCGCCGAAAUUCUUCCUCCGCGUGAACCGCAUGGGAAUCCCCUAUAUCGCCGUCUGCUCUCUCGCGCUAUUUAUCGGUCUGGGCUACAUGACGCUAUCGGACUCCGCAAGCACCGUGUUCGGCUGGUUACAAGAUCUGGUCUCCGUGUCUGCGCUUGUCGGCUGGUUGAUUAUCUGCAUCGUGUAUCUGCGCUUCUACUACGGCAUGAAGAAGCAGGGCAUCGAUCGCUCCGAGUUGCCGUGGAAGGCCCCGUUCCAACCAUUUGCUGCUUGGAUUUCGCUGAUUGCUUUCACGAUUCUGCUGUUGACGGGUGGAUAUACGGUGUUUCUCCAUAAGCAUUGGGAUACCGAGACUUUUGUUUCUUCAUACAUCAAUAUUCCCAUUAUCUUAGGCCUCUACUUCGGUUACAAGUUAUUCAGGAAGACCAAAAUUGUAUCGCUUGAGGAUAUGCCGAUUCGCCAAUUUAUCGACAUCGCAAACGCUAACCCGGAGCCACCUGCAAAACCACUCACCGGCUGGAGGAGGUUAAACAUCCUUUGGAGUUGA